AUGAUCAUCAACUCCGGCGAACCGAACAACACCCUAGGUUCGAGCUCGAGCUCGAUAAGCGAGACGGUGAAUGGCUCGCACAAUUUCACCAUUCGAGGCUACUCUUUGGCAAAGGGGAUGGGCCCUGGGAGGUACAUCUCGUCGGAUACUUUCAGCAUCGGCGGUUAUGAUUGGGCGAUUUACUUUUACCCCGAUGGGAAAAACCCCGAGGACUCCUCUAUGCAUGUCUCCAUAUUUAUCGCCUUGGCGAGCGAUGGCACUGAUGUGAGGGCGCUGUUUGAGCUUACGCUUUUGGAUCAGAGUGGGAAAGGGAAGCAUAAGGUGCACAGCCAUUUUGAUCGGGCUCUGGAGAGCGGGCCUUACACACUGAAGUACAAGGGGAGCAUGUGGGGUUAUAAGCGAUUUUUCAGAAGAACUUCCUUGGAAACUUCAGAUUUCUUAAAAGAUGAUUGUCUUUCUGUGCGUUGUACUGUGGGAGUCGUUCAAAACCGUGUUGAGGGACCAAAGUUGCUCAGUGUUUCCGUUCCUUCAUCAGAUAUCGGCCAAAACCUUCAGCACCUGCUUGUUUCCGAAAUUGGCUGUGAUGUAACUUUUCAUGUUGGGGAAGAAUCGUUCAAAGCUCACAAGUUAAUACUUGCAGCCAGAUCUCCUGUAUUCAGAGCUCAAUUUUUCGGACUUGUUGGAGAUCCAGAUAGCGACAAAGUGGAACUAGAAGAUGUUGAGCCUUCUAUCUUCAAGGCAUUGCUCCAGUUUAUUUACUCGGAUGAGUUCCCCAACUUUCAUGAAAUAACUGGCUCAACAUCCACGCCUUCUGCAAUCAUGGUGCAACAUCUAUUGGCUGCUGCUGACCGGUUUGGCUUAGAUAGGUUGAAACAAUUAUGUGAAGCGAAACUAUGUGAAGAGGUCUGUGCUGAUACAGUGGCAACAACUCUUUCUCUGGCGGAGCAGCAUCACUGCGUGCAGCUCAAGGCUAUUUGUUUAAAAUUUGCGGCAACAAACUUGGGAGCCGUGAUGCAGUCGGAUGGUUUCAGACACUUGGAGCAGAGCUGCCCGUCUCUUUUGUCCGAGCUGUUGGAAACUGUGGCCUCAGUGGACGAGAAGUCGAAUAUCUUAUACGGUAAGAAGAGGAGUGGGAGCAGUAUCUUUGGGCUGGAUCUCGACGUGGAUGGUGGGCCCCACUCUGUGGACUCGAAUGGCCGGAGGGUACGGAGACGGACUUAG